AUGUCUUCGUUAAGCGAACGUGAUAUAAAUGCAUUGAAAGAUGCUAUAGAUUUGUAUGAUACUAUGGGUGAUGGAAAAGUUGAUUCUAGUGCUUUAGCUGAUAUCCUACGAGCGAUCGGUGAGAAUCCUACAGAAAGCGAAGUUCAGAAAUUUCUUGUUCAACUUGAUCCUUCUGGAAACAAGCGUAUAACCCACGAAGAUCUUAUACCAAUUGCACUUUCUUGCAAGCAAAAUCGAGGAAAUUGUGCUGAACGUCGACAAGUUUUGACUACAUUAGGAGAUAAAUUGACCAUUGAAGACGUCGACAUGUUGACAAGUGGUUUGGAACAGAAAGGACAAGUGAAUUACGAAGAAUUUGUGCGAAGUGUCAUGUCUGGUUGA